AUGCCCUCUAGCAAUCCAUUGCCACCUAAAGAAAAUGCGUUAUUUAAACGAAUUCUCAGGUGCUACGAGCAUAAGCAGUACAAGAAUGGACUCAAGUUCGCUAAACAAAUUCUCUCCAAUCCAAAAUUCAGCGAGCAUGGAGAAACGCUCGCGAUGAAAGGCUUGACGCUGAACUGCCUUGGCAGAAAAGAAGAAGCUUAUGAUCAUGUUAGACGCGGAUUGAGAAAUGAUUUGCAGUCUCACGUCUGCUGGCACGUUUACGGUCUUCUGCAGAGGUCUGAUAAAAAGUACGAUGAAGCUAUCAAGGCUUACAGGAACGCUCUCAAGUGGGACAAGGAUAAUAUCCAGAUUCUUAGGGAUUUGUCUCUAUUACAAAUACAAAUGAGAGAUUUGGAUGGUUAUAAGGACACGAGAUAUCAGCUGUUCAUGUUAAGGCCAACCCAACGAGCAUCAUGGAUUGGAUUCGCAAUAUCAUAUCACUUAUUAAAAGACUACGAGACGGCACUGAAGAUUCUCGAUACCUUCCGUGACUCCCCGAUGAUCUGCUACGAUUACGAGCACAGCGAGUUGCUUUUAUACCAAAACCUGGUGAUCCAAGAAUCAGGAGACAGCGAGCAGGCCUUGAAGCAUCUUGAUAAGUACAGCGAUCAGAUUUGCGACAAAAUAACCGUAAAAGAGACCUACGGUAAGCUACGUCUCGAGCUCCGGCAGUACGAGGAAGCUGCUCAAGUCUACAAGGACCUUUUGAACAUAAAUCCUGAGAAUACAACGUAUUACGCGAAACUUGCGGAAGCUGAACGGCAUACAACGCCCGAAGAAACUCUUAAAAUGCUCCAAAGAUUUGAAGAAUUGUAUCCCCGUGCUCUAGCACCUCGUCGUCUUCAACUCAACUACGCGACUGGCGAACAAUUUAAAAUAUUAGUUGAUAAAUAUUUACGGAGAGGGUUACAUAAAGGUGUACCACCACUAUUCGUCAAUCUACGCUCGCUGUAUACUGAUCAAUCAAAAAUCGAUGUCAUACAAUCAUUGCACGGUGGAAAUGUUCAAGAUGCUUACAAGUGGUUAGAUGAAGCACAAGGUCUAGAUACUGCCGACCGUUAUAUUAAUUCAAAAUGUGCCAAGUACAUGCUACGCGCUAAUCUCGUAAAAGAAGCUGAAGAAACUUGUAGUAAAUUUACACGCGAAGGUGUACCGCCCAUGGAAAAUCUCAACGAGAUGCAAUGUAUGUGGAUACAGACGGAAGCUGCUCGCGCCUAUCAGCGCCUAGGAAAGUACGGUGAGGCGUUGAAGAAAUGCCAUGAAGUCGAUCGCCACUUUUCGGAAAUAAUCGAAGAUCAGUUUGAUUUCCAUACUUACUGUAUGCGUAAAAUGACUCUAAGAUCAUAUGUUGGACUGCUGAGGCUAGAAGAUAUUUUACGCUCCCAUCCGUUUUACUUCAAAGCUGCCAAGUGUGCAAUGGAAGUCUACCUGCGGCUUCAUGAUAAUCCGCUACCUGAUCCCACUCAAAUUCAGGAGAUCGACACC